UUUCCAGUUAUCCCUCCCACUUUUCAGAUUUUUACGUUUAGUCUAUCGCAUUAUUAUAAAUGUGCGUGAACAUGAGGAUUGUCCAAACGUAUAGACACAGAAAAAACCAUUUUUCGCAUAACCUAGACCCUACAAUUAGUUAGACUUACAUGUAUUUUACAGAAGUUUAGUGUAUACAAGUUCAAGCAGGAUUAAUUUUUGUGAUAAAGUAUAGUGAUUUCAGUCAGGGUUACACGGGAGAAGCCGCUAUUCUAUAGUUUUACCGUAUAUUCUAUUUCUGUGGUGAUUUAUGUGAACAAAAUGUGAGAAGAAAUGAAAUUGACCCUUGCAUGUUAAGCUCCUGUGAUUACACUGAGGAAGUAUACAAAUUUAAAUUUCCUUGAAAAUGGCCACGGUCCAUGCAUGGGAAAAUGCAUGUAGACUCUGUUCUGAAGAGAAAACUGAAAUGCUAUCGAUAUUUGGUAAUGAAGGCAUUCAACGUAAAGUUGCACAAAAGCUCAGAGCAUGUUUGCCUGUCCUCGUUUACAAGACAGAUCCCUUGCCAAAACAAAUUUGUCAAUUCUGCGCCGCUCGGCUUGACGAUGCUUAUGAAUUUCGGGAAUAUUGUCUAGGCGUUUACAAAGCCAUGCACGCCAAACUCUUAAUGUUCAAGGAUUUGGAGGCGGUACAUAUUUUCCUUGAUGCGAUGCAGAAUUCAUCAGAUCCUUGCCAAGUACAGCUCUGCAAACAAAAAUGCAGAGCGCCUCCCCCUCUAGUUCCAUUGCCUGCAAUACUGUCAAUAGAAAAUACGACACCUUCAGUCAAAAUGCCUGAGAUUGUUCAAUCGAAUCACUCAAGGGAGCCUCUGCCAGAACUACCUUGCGAAGUACAAAUUAAGGAAGAACCAUCAGAGACAGUUCUUAGAACCUCUACUGAUACGGAUACCUCAAACGAAAGAAUUUUUGCAAAUUUAAGCUUAGAAAUACCAUAUGUUCUUGCGAAUGAUCACAGAAAAUCUUAUGACGAAAACGAAGAGUCAAAUCUUUACAAAGGAGAAAAGCCGCGAACUAGUAUAUUGGAGCAAGUACUUAAGGGCACUAUAAGUUUGAACGACAGCCAAGAACUAAAAAGCCAAUAUGGACUUAGUUCUAAAUGGUGGUGUGCUCCCUGUAAUAAUUACUACAGAACAAAAGAAAGUCUCAUAAAACACAUGCAAGUGUUUUGUCCGCGAAGGUACACGUGUAGAAAGUGUUCACGUGUCUUUUAUACUGUGGAGGAUUUAGCGAAGCACGAUGGGACCGAUCACCUGAAAAUCACGUUAGAUUUUGAUGAAUCAGUUACCGAGUGCCAUCAAUGCGAUCGUGAAUUCGUUAGUUGGGAAAUGCUGAGGCAUCACAGACUUCGUGACCAUGUUGCAAAGGAUAUUGAGAUUGGUACGAAUACUUGGUGUCCACCUUGUAACAGAUUCUUCCCCAGUAUAGAAUCGUACCAAAAUCAUAAACAACUCCAUCAAUUGGAUACGAUGACUAAGUUGCCAAUAAGUUCCUUACCCUGCAUUUCUGAAACAGAAUCUACUAGAGAAUUAAGAAAAGAGAACUUCAACGGGGGCGCAAAGUCUUUAGCUUGUCCUACAUGUGGCAAGGUAUGUACUCAACAAAGCGCGUUAUCAAAUCACAUGCGUACUCACGAGCCAAAGAGACAUAAAUGCGAUAUUUGCGGCCGAUUUUUUGGUCUUUUUAUAAGACUAGCAACGCAUAAGAUGACUGAACACAAUCAAGUAAUGACGCCUGUCAUGAAAAGUGUAGAACAAGAAGAAGCUUUAAAUGCUGAGAGAGAAGCAAGGGAAGCAAGAACACGAGGCAAAACCAGAUCUUUUACCGAGAUGGUGGAAGAAAAGGAUUAUCUUAUCAAAGAUAGGCCAAUAAAGCGAAGUGCUUUUUUUGAUUCGAACACGUCGAAAAACGCCGUACGUUGUGGUAUUUGUCUGCAGUGGUUUAGCAAUCGCACAGAAAUGAUUGCUCACUUACAAACGCACUCAGAUUCAGAUUUACCUAAUAACUUUCGUUGUGGUUUAUGUACAAAAACUUUUGAAGAAAAAUGGCAAUUAACAAGGCAUGAAGCUUUUCAUGAACGCACGAGCAUAACGACUUAUAUUUGCACAGCUUGUAACGAAGUUUUUGCAGACAAACCCUCUUACAAAACUCAUCAAGGGAAGCACUCUGUUGACAAAACGUAUCAUUGUGCGAAAUGCAAUAAGAUUUUUUUUAAGGAAUUCUCUUUGCUAACGCAUCAUUGUACUGGAAAACCCAUAUUUAGUCAGAAAAACGCUAUUCCGAAGAUAUUGCAAAGGAGUGCAUCCUUGUUUAGCGCUAAUAAGAAAUACAAAUGCUCGAAGUGUAACGCAACUUUUGCCAAUUCGCAAUCUAGGAAUUCGCAUAUGAGAGUUCAUACUGAAGCACAUUCUAUGAUGAAAGUUAAAAAAAAAGAAUUGAAAAAAAAACUUGAAGUAGAGGCGAUGCCAAAACUUAGUCCCGAAACUUCAACUAGUUCUUCAGUGCCUCAUAUUGAAGAGAAGGCUGACGCUGCUAAAGCGAUUAUGGUAGCACCAGUUAAACGAACAUUGAUUAGAACUGCUGAAGGUUAUCGCUGUGGCGUAUGUCAGUCCCCAUUCAUCCUUCGAGAUUUAGCUGUAGCGCAUCUUCGCUCUGCUCAUCCAGUAAUGCCUUAUCAGUGUCCUUAUUGUAAAAAGCGAUUUACAACACAGUACAUGUUUACACAUCAUAUAAAAGCUGAUCAUCCUGAUGAAACGGAAAAUUGAAAUAUUGAUUGGUUUCUAGAACACAGACGCCAUGUAAAUAUUUCAUGAAGUGCCUAAUUAGUAGCAACUUAGUGUAAUUGGACAUUUCAUGAAAUGCCUAGAUAUUUCACGAACUGCUAGAGGAUUGUCUAUGAUAUACAGUUACAUUAUCUUCCUAGCGUCCUAUACAGCACAAAGUGUAAUAGAGUUAAAUGAAUAUAUUUUUAAAUAAUCACCAUUUAACCAUAGGUUUUGAUUAUUUAAAAAAAUUUUUUUAGGAAGCAAGCGGUAAUAAAGUUCAAUUAAUAUAAUAUACUUUGACACUUUCAGUUUUUUAAAUUAUAGAACAAUUGCGCAGUUCAUAAAAUGACUAAAAAUGGGAGAUAGCGAGUGUAAUUGUCGUUUAUUACACAAUCCGCUAGCAGUUCAUGAACCUGAUUAAAGUAGAGGUUGGAAAAAAACUGAAACCAGACUCCGGCCCGAAAAAAGUCGACCAUUCCCACAGUUUCGGGCUCUUUGCACUCCACUAGAAUUAAGAGGAGAUUAUGGAACUUUUAAAGGCUAAUUAUAUAAUAUUCCUGAAAAAUAUAUUGCUAGAAAAU